AUGGCGUCCGAUCUGACGAACCCCCUACUGGACGCCCUGUCCGCGUCCGACGCACCGAUUCUUUCCAGCGAAGCUUUCCCCUCCCACCCCUCAUUGAAUGUCAAGAGUGCGCUUGAUCGUCUGGCCUCACGACAGAUGGUCGAAUAUGAAACAAUUGAGCGUGAAGUCGCCGCACUGACCAAGGAAGGUGAAGAAAUCGCCGCCAAUGGUAGUCAUGAAGCCAAGGUUUUCCAGGCCGUUGUGGCUGCUAUGGAGGGGUUGAAGAUCGGUGACUUGCCUGGUAUUGUUGGAAAGGACAACGCCAAAGUUGGUCAGGGAAAUGCUUUCAAGAGGGGCUGGAUCAAGAAGGAUGGACAAUUGCUGCGGGCAAACACUGACUCGAUCGUGGACGAGACCCGUGAGCAGUUGUUGACUGUCAAGAAGACUCAGACCCUGGAGGACCAGAAGGCCCUCGGUGAUUUGAAACGUCGAAAGUUGGUCGCCUUCCAGAAGGAGCUUAACUUCAAGAUCUCCAAGGGGCCCAAGUUCGCCAAGGAGUUUGUUAAGGAGGAGACCGACCUUACUGCUGAGAUGCUCAUGAACGGCUCGUGGAAGACGGCUCAACUUAAGCCCUACAACUUCAAGGCUAAGGGUGCUCCCACUUCUUCCGGUGCUUUCCACCCUCUCAACAAGGUCCGUCAGGAGUUCCGUAAUAUCUUCUUUGAAAUGGGCUUCGAGGAGAUGCCUACCAACCGCUUCGUGGAGACCGGAUUCUGGAAUUUCGAUGCUCUCUUCGUUCCUCAGCAACAUCCCGCUCGUGACCUUCAAGAUACUUUCUACAUCUCAGACCCCCCCAAGGCAGACCCCCCUCGUGAGGAUCCCGAGUUCGACCCUCACCGUCCGAAAUCCGUUCAGCCCGCCUCUGCAGCAUCCCAGGAGAUGCCGCUCGACUACAAGCAAUACUGGGAGGACGUCCGCGAGGUUCACGAGAACGGCAAGUAUGGUUCGAUUGGCUACCGCUAUCCCUGGAGCGCAGACGAGUCAUUACGGUUGGUCCUCCGCACACACACGACGUCAGUUUCGACAUAUGUCCUUCACAAGCUCGCUGCCAACCCACGGCCCGCAAGAUAUUUCAGUAUCGACCGAGUCUUCCGUAACGAGGCUGUUGAUGCCACUCACUUGGCUGAGUUCCACCAGAUCGAGGGUGUCAUUGCCGACUUCGGUCUUACCCUGGGUGGUCUGAUCGGAUUUAUGGAGGUCUUCUUCGCUAAGAUGGGCAUCCACCAACUGCGUUUCAAGCCCGCCUACAACCCUUACACCGAGCCUAGCAUGGAGAUCUUCGGUUACCACGAGGGCCUGGGUAAGUGGGUUGAGAUCGGUAACAGCGGUAUGUUCCGUCCGGAGAUGCUGGAGCCUAUGGGCCUGCCCAAGGAUAUGAGAGUCUAUGGAUGGGGUCUGAGUCUCGAGAGACCUACCAUGAUCAAAUACGGUGUCAGCAACAUUCGAGAACUCCUGGGUCAUAAGGUCGACCUUAACUUCAUCGAGACCAACCCAGCGGUUAGAUUGGAGAAGGAUUAG